AUGCGGGAACUAAAUGCAACCCUUUUGCGUAUACCACUCGAGGAGUGUGAUGAGUACGAGUACCGCUCGGAAGCCUACUGGCGGUGCUACGUUAAAUACUUCGGAGAGGCGGGUUAUCACCCGACCGGCACGGUGAAAAUGGGCCCCAGUAGCGAUCGGGGAGCAUGCGUGGAUCCACGCUUACGACUUUAUGGUGUGCAGAACUUGCGAGUUGCCGAUGCCAGCAUAAUGCCCGAUGUGCCACGAGGAAAUACGAAUGCACCGACGAUUAUGAUUGGCGAAAGAGGGGCGGACUUUAUAAAACAGGAUUGGAAAGAGGAUGACCAAGGGGCGAAUGAGUCAAAGUGACGUAGUUUAAAUGCAUUAUAAGUCGAACACUUUCUUUUACAAUCACGUUUUUUUUUAACUAAUCCUCCUCCGAAAAUAAAUGCAUAAAUUUCUUUUCAUUGGAGUCUUUUUCUGCAAUGCUGCGUCAAUCUGGUCAACUGGAACCAGUCGAGGCCGCUCGAAGAAGUUAAACUGCG